CUUCUCAUCAUCCAAAUCUUCUUUACAUUUUAAGCAUUCCAUUUCAAUUCUAUCUUCUAGUGAGCACAACAAAAUGGCUAUCUCAUUCAACAAUUGUUCCACUCUUAUGAUAUGCAUGAUUUUGCUUCUUCCUGCGCUUUGCUAUUGUAGUGAAACCUAUGAUUCCAAAGCUACCUAUUAUAAGACCUCUGAUGGUAAAGGAACACCAACUGGAGCUUGUGGUUAUGGAGAGUAUGGAAGAUAUGUCAAUGACGGCCUGGUUACCGCGGCAUCCUGGAAGCUCUAUAAGAAUGGAGUUGGCUGUGGUGCAUGCUACCAGGUGAGGUGCAAGGACGAGGCACUAUGCAGUGACACUGGAGUUAAGGUGAAGGUGACUGACAGUGGUGAAGGACCAGGAACUGACUUCAUCAUGAGCACCGAUGCCUUUGCCAAAAUGGCAAAACAUCCUAAGCUAGCUCACAUGUUGUUCCCUAAGGGCGUAGUUGAUGUUGAUUACAAAAGAGUUUCUUGCAAAUAUGGCAAUCUCAUCAUCAAAAUCAAUGAACAUAGCAAUUACCAUGGUUACCUUGCCAUAUUGUUCUUGAACAACGGUGGUUACGCUGAUAUCACAGCAGUCGAGAUCUACGACGCAAAAACCUACAAAUGGAUACCAAUGAGGAGGUCAUAUGGAGCUGUCUUUGACUUGGCUAACCCACCAAAGGGAAUUCUGAAGCUGAAGAUCCAAAUAAAAGAAGGUGAAACAACCAAAUGGGUGCACUCUGACAAAACUGUGAUCCCUGAUUACUGGAAGCCUGGCAAUACCUAUGAAACUGACGUUCAGAUUCCUUGAGCAAAUAAAGUAUUUGUUCUUUUAAAAAUAAGAAAUGAACCGUCAAUUUAUCUGUUAUGGUUUGGAAUCAAAUGAAGUUUAAUUUGUGUAGGUCAUCAGCCAUUAUAUAUACAUGGUUUGACCAAAUGUUUGUGUGUUAAAUAAGGCUGAUAUUCGGGUAUUAAAUUCUUGUAAAGAAAAUUAUCAAUAAAAUUAUUAUCGUAUGUUUAUGUUA